UAAUAUUUUUUUUUUUGUGGAUACAGAAGCGGAAGCUGUCCUUACCUCUCUCUGUUUUCCUAAGGAUCUGAGAGAGAAGCUUUUCUCUGUGUCUGCUUUGCUUCAUAAGCAAAACACAAAGUCAGACACUUUCAGAGAGAGAGAGAGAGAGAGAGAGAGAGAGAGAGGAGAGAAAGAGAGGUUCUUUCUUCUUCCAGCCUCUUAGCUUUUUUGUUUGUAAUUUUGUUUGCCCUUUUGCACUUUCAAAACUUUGUUGUACUCUGAAUUUCAGAAACAUAUAUAUAAUAAUUGACUCUCUGACUCUCAUUGUGUAACAUCUCGCUCUAUAUAUGUAUAUGUUUGUAUAUGUGCUGUGUGUAAAUUUUGAGGUUUUGGGCGGUGAGGGAGUUGGGUUUUGAAAUUUUAAAGUUCUACACAGAGGUUUUGAAAGCAAGAGGCUUUUUGGCCCGGGCUUGUUGAGGCUCGGAUUGAUCCGAAAUCAUGAACUCCGAGACAGGGCAGCUGCCACCUAACCGGGUCGACCCGGAACAACCCAGUUCUUGCUUUUUGCAGAAGUUCAAGCUCUACGAAACUCGCUCGAAUUUUUAUUUGAUAGGAAGGGACAAAUGCAGAACCUUUUGGAGGAUUUUAAAGAUUGACAGAUUGGAUCAAUCGGAGUUAAACAUUCUUGAAGAUCCUGCAACAUACUCGGAUAAUGAGUGCUACGACCUCCUGAAACGGAUACAUGAAGGAAACAAGUCGAUGGGUGGACUUAUAUUUAUCACUGUUUGUUACGGUAUUGUUGGGUUCGUGAAAUUUUUGGGACCUUAUUACAUGAUACUUAUUACUAAAAGAAGGAAAAUUGGUGCAAUUUGUGGCCAUACGAUCUAUGCAAUUUCCAAGAGCGAGAUGAUUCCAGUUCCAAACCCUGCCGUGCGGUCAAAAUUGGCCAAUUCUAAGAAUGAUGAGAACAGAUACAAGAAGCUCCUAUGCUCGGUGGACCUCACAAAGGACUUCUUUUUCAGCUAUUCAUACAAUGUUAUGUCUAGUCUACAAAAGAACUUAUGUGAUAAUCAGACAGGACCUCCCCUUUAUGAAACAAUGUUUGUUUGGAAUGAGUAUUUGACGCGUGGAAUCCGAUAUUGUCUGAAGAAUACUCUAUGGACAGUUGCCUUAGUGUAUGGAUUCUUUAAACAGGUCGAUCUUUCAGUAUCUGGCAGGGAUUUCAAGUUGACCCUCAUUGCCAGACGUUCACGUCACUUUGCUGGCACCAGAUAUCUAAAGCGAGGUGUAAAUGAGAAAGGUAGAGUAGCUAAUGAUGUUGAGACAGAACAGCUUGUUAUUGAAGAUGCUCCUGAAGGACGCCCAGUGCGAAUAAGUUCUGUUGUGCAGCACCGAGGCUCAAUUCCCCUUUUCUGGUCCCAGGAAACCUCUCGACUAAAUAUCAAACCUGAUAUAAUAUUAUCAAGGAAGGAUCAUAAUUACGAGGCCACAAGACUUCAUUUUGAAAAUCUUGUCCAGAGAUAUGGAGACCCAAUAAUUAUUGUGAAUCUGAUUAAGACAAAUGAGAAGAAGCCUCGAGAAACUAUUCUCUGUGCAGAGUUUUCACAUGCUAUCAGAUUUAUUAAUAGGAGUUUACCAAAAGAGAGCCGCCUGAGGUUUCUCCAUUGGGAUCUGCACCAUCAUGCCAGAAGUAAAGCUACCAAUGUAUUGGGACAUCUCGGAAAAGUGGCUGCAUAUGCAUUGGGAUUGACUGGACUCUUCUACUGUCAAGUAACCCCCAAUCUAAGGCCUGUGGGAUUAUCUGGCUUUGAGAAAAAUGAUGAUGUCGAUGACUGUUUGUCGCAUAGCUGUUCAAGUAAAGAUGAGGAUGCUGAUAGUCGAGAAACAGAGAUUAGCAAUGGCAGUGAUGGGGAUGAUGCAAGCAUGAAUUGCAAUGUCACAUCCAUGAGGUUUCAGAAAGGAGUCCUGAGGACCAAUUGCAUAGACUGUUUAGAUCGCACAAACGUUGCCCAAUAUUGUUUUGGGUUAGUUGCUCUUGGACAUCAGCUUCAUGCUUUAGGAUUUAUAGAAUCUCCAGAUAUUGAUCUGGAUAACCCUCUGGCUGAGGACUUGAUGAGAGUUUAUGAGACAAUGGGAGAUGUACUUGCACUACAAUAUGGUGGUUCUGCAGCUCAUAACAAGAUAUUCUCUGAGACUAGAGGCCAGUGGAAGGCAGCAACUCAGUCCCAGGAGUUCUUUAGAACUCUACAGCGGUUUUACAGUAAUGCCUACGUGGACAGUGUGAAACAAGAUGCUAUUAAUGUAUUCCUAGGGUACUUUCAACCACAACCUGGUAAACGACAACUGUGGGAAUUGAAUUCAGAUCAACACAACAAUGUUGGGAGGUCGUUUAUCAAAAGGUCACUAUCCGAGGGCCAUAUUCUUGGUGAAAGUGAUUCACCUAUGACAAGUACAGAAGUUGCGCAAAAUCAACCUUUGUCUGAAAUUGCACAAGGAAGUAACAGAGUGAUUUCAGAGUCUGCACCAGCAAUCUCAACUUGUGAAAGUGAUAUAUCCGAUUGCAGGUUUACUCCCUCAAUGCCUCGCAAGCAGAUUUUUUGUGGGUUGCAAGAAGACAAAUGCCUCCAGAGUGAUCAUAUCAUUUAUGAUGAACAUGACGAUGAUUGCAACUUGUCAAAUAUUCUGGAUGUGGACUGGUUGUCCUCGUCGGGAAAUUCUUGUGAAGAAAUAUGUGGAAGGUCUAUGACCAGCCUUUCAUCGGAGAAUCUUGUGAACGGACCAAAGGUUGAAACGAGAACAUCUGCAAGUGAAUCUGGAUCCAUGAGAAAGGGAAAGGAGCAAUGUGAAUCGGAGGUCACUCGUGAUAAUAUGACAACUCCGUAUUCAGCGAGCUUCAUGAGCUGGGUAGCUAAUGGGGAGUUGCUGUUUCUUUGAAGCUAACUAUAAGGUUUUGCGUCAUAACUUUAACUCAACCCGUCCGAAGGAUUUGGGUUCAUGUACAGAAAAUAAAUGGUAAGAAUAUCAUCAACCAAAAGAGCAUAGUACUGGGACUUGCUGAGAAAUAUAUUCUUCAAGGUGAAAACUAAUUCUUGGGUAGACUUUACAGUUUACCAUGUCAUAUGGUCCAUUGUCAAGAUAAGUAGCAAUAAGGCGCUCGUAUAGUUCUCAAAAUUUAGAUACGUGUGAAUAUUAUUAGAUAAACAACAGAUUUCCUCCUCUCGAUUCAAUAUGCAGGUUCAGAUUUUGUUUCGUUUCA